AUGAGUGAUGGGGUGGAGACUUCUCAAAGGAUGAAGAAAGAACUGAUUUACACACACUUCAUUCAAGUCUACCUAUCAAGAAAAAAUUUACCAGAACCUGGAUGCACCACAAAUGUGAGAGGAAGUGCAGAAUGGCUACAGAGAUACCUUGGAAAAUUUUCAGUCUUUGCACAUCUUGAGGAUCUGAAAAAAAUUAACCCUGAUUUCUCUUCAGUGGCAGUUGUGGAAAACCUCUCACCAAAGCAGAAAGCUGAGCUGAUCCUGGAUCCAGACAGUAACGCUUUGGAGAAUGAGAACAUCGUAAGAGAGGUGUUCACAAGCUUGACAGAGUCCCCUGAUACUGAGCAGCUCAGUCAGUUUUUCCAGACUUACAGUGACAUCAACAAGCAGAGAAACAUCACCAUCGUGGAAAAUCCAGCUGUACGAGACAUCAUCUUGAACCUGACCUUGACAGCCCUUGCUCCUGAAUUUGAAGACUUUGGGCCUGAAGACUAUAAGCUGUGGUUCCAGGUCUAUUUGGUCACUGUGAUGGCCAGCCUCCAUCCUGGCAGCUUGGCGGUGAUCCCCAGUAACAUCAGUUGUGCAUCCUACGCAGCCAUGUACGAAAUCAUAUUUCUCAAGUCCAAAGUCAGACACUUUGGAUUUUGCACGAUGUCAAAGUGUGGCUUCAGACAAGUCACAAAAAUGUGUGUUUUCUUCCCUCAGACUCACUGGCCUCGAGCAAAGUUUGAAAAUCCUGCCACUGCUGCUUUCACGGGGUGUGAGAUCAAGCAGAGAGUCACUCAAGGAGACAUUCGCACGUACUGCAAGGAGACCCUGGUCGAUGAGGACCUCGUCUGUGCUGCGGUCGACGGAUCACAACUCCAACAAACUGUGUCUAUGGGCAUUUCCUCUGAAGCCCUGUGCAAUUUUACCAUCACUGCGCACGCCUGUUCCUCGGCCACACAUCUCACAGCUGACAACUUGGCAACACUGAUGAAAUGCUCACUGGAGAGCCAGACGACAUACCCGGUAGAGGUGUGGACGCUUCUCUUCCAAAAAGCUUCGUCUGCACUAGACCAGGCUCUGGAGUCAUUUGCCACCAUGGCCCCCAACAACAGCAACCCGUCCCUGUCGCAUGCUCUCGAGGCUCUUGGACAGGUGAGAAUUGCCAGCUUCAGCCAGGCACAGCUGCAGAGCGUUAGCUUUGUCAGCAGCUGGUUCAUGACAAACAUCCGUCCGUUUUUGGCCUCUUCGUUGCCCAACUUCCUAUUCUGCCUGAGCUCCAAGAACUUCAGCUGCGAUACCUACCGCACUGUCAUCAAGGCCUUCAGCAGCCAGGUGCCAUUCAUGGACAGAGAAAGACAACAAACAGUCUUGACUUAUUUCAUCAAACCAUUCCUCUCAAGAAAUGACUCAUCAGAUCCUGGCUGUGUCUCAUCCGUCAGAGGCAGUAAACAGUGGCUGGAGGCAAACUUUGGCGCCUACUCUGGUUUUGCAACACUCCGCGAUUUGCAAGCCCUCAAUCCCAACUUUUCAAGUGCGGAAGCAUUGUCAGUGCUCACUCCUGCUCAGGUGGCACAGCUGACACUGAGCUCAGGGGCCUUGAAUGACACAGACCAAAUCGACCACGUGUUUGAGCGACUUGAGGAGGGCAAUGCUCUGGAAAAUGUGGAUGAAUUCCUGGAAGAGCUGACAGCAAAUGGAAAGGACCCUGAUUUCCAACCUGCUGUGAGAGAUCACCUAAUGAACAGGACCUUCAGCAUCAUCGCUCCCCAUUUCCCCAAGUUCAAGACAGACGACUGGUUCGCUUGGUUCCACGUGAAGCUGGUUACUCUGCUCCCAAGUUUCAGCGCAGUGAUGCUCAAGAAUGCUACCUCAGAUAUAAACUGCACAAACUACCAUGUUGUUGUGAGCGGGAUGGCCAAAGCUUUCCCUUCAAUAUCCUCGCAGGGACAAGAAGAAAUCACAGAUGUAAUGGUGGGCUACCUGAAAAAAUCUGUCAGUGUCAUCAACACGCCAGUUUGCAGGCAGGGAAUUCAGAGUGAUGCCCAGUGGCUUGAGAAAAACUUGGGUCCAUUUUCCACACGUGCUAAAUACUCUGACCUCAAAGUAUUCAACAUCUCUGGGGUGGCAGUUGUGGAAAACCUCUCACCAAAGCAGAAAGCUGAGCUGAUCCUGGAUCCAGACAGUAACGCUUUGGAGAAUGAGAACAUCGUAAGAGAGGUGUUCACAAGCUUGACAGAGUCCCCUGAUACUGAGCAGCUCAGUCAGUUUUUCCAGGCUUACAGUGACAUCAACAAGCAGAGAAACAUCACCAUCGUGGAAAAUCCAGCUGUACGAGACAUCAUCUUGAACCUGACCUUGACAGCCCUUGCUCCUGAAUUUGAAGACUUUGGGCCUGAAGACUAUAAGCUGUGGUUCCAGGUCUAUUUGGUCACUGUGAUGGCCAGCCUCCAUCCUGGCAGCUUGGCGGUGAUCCCCAGUAACAUCAGUUGUGCAUCCUACGCAGCCAUACUCACUGGCCUCGAGCAAAGUUUGAAAAUCCUGCCACUGCUGCUUUCACGGGGUGUGAGAUCAAGCAGAGAGUCACUCAAGGAGACAUUCGCACGUACAGAUUCCUUCAAGUGCAAGGAGACCCUGGUCGAUGAGGACCUCGUCUGUGCUGCGGUCGACGGAUCACAACUCCAACAAACUGUGUCUAUGGGCAUUUCCUCUGAAGCCCUGUGCAAUUUUACCAUCACUGCGCACGCCUGUUCCUCGGCCACACAUCUCACAGCUGACAACUUGGCAACACUGAUGAAAUGCUCACUGGAGAGCCAGACGACAUACCCGGUAGAGGUGUGGACGCUUCUCUUCCAAAAAGCUUCGUCUGCACUAGACCAGGCUCUGGAGUCAUUUGCCACCAUGGCCCCCAACAACAGCAACCCGUCCCUGUCGCAUGCUCUCGAGGCUCUUGGACAGGUGAGAAUUGCCAGCUUCAGCCAGGCACAGCUGCAGAGCGUUAGCUUUGUCAGCAGCUGGUUCAUGACAAACAUCCGUCCGUUUUUGGCCUCUUCGUCGCCCAACUUCCUAUUCUGCCUGAGCUCCAAGAACUUCAGCUGCGAUACCUACCGCACUGUCAUCAAGGCCUUCAGCAGCCAGGCGCCAUUCAUGGACAGAGAAAGACAACAAACAGUCUUGACUUAUUUCAUCAAACCAUUCCUCUCAAGAAAUGACUCAUCAGGUAAAGGCAGGAGCUCAAGCUCAAUUUGGUAAAGUCUCGGUGGUAUGUAGUGGUAGUACCUUGCCAACGCCUUUGUUUCUAUCGUCUUUGCAGAUCCUGGCUGUGUCUCAUCCGUCAGAGGCAGUAAACAGUGGCUGGAGGCAAACUUUGGCGCCUACUCUGGUUUUGCAACACUCCGCGAUUUGCAAGCCCUCAAUCCCAACUUUUCAA